AUGGAGACCGAAAUUACGAACAUGAUUAUAGAUUUACGAGGGAGGGGGAAUGUGCCUUUUAAUGCAACCAUCGACGUGAUAAACUAUUUCAAAAAUAUCUUGCAUAUCAUGGUAGAUAAAACUUGCGACGUGAUAUCAACACUUUUUGCUCCGUUUGAUGAUCCUGAUGUUCACAAUAAAGUUGUAGAAACAAAUCUUGCUUUUAAUAGCUUGAAAACUAUUUUUGAUAAAUUUGGAUCGGAAUACCGAAUUCGGAAAUUAUUUGAAAAUCACCCUCGUUUUGUUUCACCCGAACCAAUAGUGAUAGGCAGCUAUCAUGCGGUUGAACAUGUUUUGAAUGAAGGGGAGUCAGGCGUAUCAAUUGUUGAGAAACCUCGGAUUGCGCAAUACGUUUCAAUCAAAAAAACUUUUUUGUCGUUGUCUAAGGACCCAAAUUACCUAAAAAAUCUCAUGAAAGAACCUGAAGUUGAAAAUGGUAUUUAUUCUUGCUUUCAAAGUGGUUCAAGAUUUAGGGAGUUGUCCGCUAAUGGCCCACAAGGAAUUGUAUCAUACAUUAAAAUUUUUUACGACGGCCUUGGACUCACAAAUCCCCUAAAGGCGGGGGAGACCAAAAACAACAGCGGAAUGUUUUACUUUACGAAUCUAUCCCUUUCCCCAAGAUACAACAGUACGCUAGCUAACAUCCACCUCCUUGCUAUGUGCCACACAAAUGAUAUAAAAAAUAAAGACGCCCUUAACCAACUGUUGAGUAAAAUCGUUUCAGAAUUAAAAGAUUUAGGGAAAAAUGGGAUCGCUAUUGAAACUAAUGACGGUGAGAAAAUGACACUGUACGUGAACCUUGGGCAAUUCACAGCAGACAAUUUAGGCAUGAACAAAAUUUUCGGAUUGGUGGAAAGUUUUUCUGGUGACUACUGUUGUAUUCUUUGUUAUGCAACUCGCGAAGACAUGCAGACGUAUGAAACAGAAGAAGAAUUCGAAUUGCGUUGUCCAAGAGAAUAUGAAAUUUACAUUUCAAUGUUAGAGAAUUUACCUCCAGGGCAGAGUUGGGGGGAGCGCGCUCUUUUCGAGAGCGACGAGCGAAGUCGCUCAAACUGGAAAAACGUGAGCAAGAGCGCGAGCGAAGACCUCCUGAGCGGAAGCUCAAUGACUGCAACGCCAUCUAGUGGUCAAUAUUUAAAACUAAUUGGAUGA